AUGCUAACCUCACUAAUGAACAUGAUGAGUGACCGCACGGAAUAUGUGACGAAAUGCCGCCAUGAGGAUCUUGCCGGCAUCACUUCUCACACUCUCGACAGCCCCAAGAUCCAGCAUCAUAAACUACUCAAUUUACAAGACGCCGCGGCGCCCGCCGAUGGGGACAAGACUAUGACUACCAACUGCCCCAGCAGUGUUGAUUCGGACUCCCUGCAGGAUAGGCGUCAAUACAAGAAGAUUGCUGUGCGAAAUGAUGACGGCUUUUUUCACUGCCCGUGGGAGGGUCAGCCAAGCUGCAACCACAAACCAGAGAGUCUUAAAUCUUUGUUCAACAAGCAAGUUGACGCUCAUUUGAAACCGUACAGGUGCAGAUGCACGAGAACGAGAAUAAUACGAUUCAGUGUAACUGCGCAGGCUGUGAGCGCGCUCAAACGGGACGUGGGUUUCGAAGAAGGUGGAAUCUCCUCGACCACAUGGCGCGCGUCCAUCGCACCUGUCCCUGCCCCGACCAAGGCUGUCAGGGGCCGCAAGCGCGCGGACGCCACGCAAGAGGCUCCGGUAGCAAGCUCCAAACAUCUCUGA